CAAACCGGGAGAUGAACUUAACUGACCGGCUCCUGGACCAAAGGGCAGGGGUUGCAUUUCCUUCAGCUCUAGCUUCCUGGCAGUUGGUGCAGUUGGGUCUUAUCCUUUCACAUGAGGCCAGAGAGGAGGCUGAUGAUUUGUAGGAACAUAUCCUGAAUUUCGGGAGUAGACAGCUCUGGCAGUCCAUGCUCUUACCAAACUUUGCAGCAGGUGGAGGUGUCUUUCUCCAUGAAUCGCCCUCUGGGACACGCCUUCUCACAGUUCGGACAAGAUCCGCUGCCUCUAAGAAAGGCUUGCAUACCUUCUGAAGCCGUCUCUGCCGUUAGCCUGCUCCACCCAGUCUCUGUGUGAAACUGUGUGAAAGAUAGAGUGAAGCUUUUUGCUUUCCCAGCAUCCUGUACCCCAAUAGGGUCAGGAGAGCCGAGCAAACCUUUCCAGGUGAUGUUCUCCUCCGAAGGCCCCAGCGAUCCAGCCCCCGGGUUCACCAGCCCCACAGCACCUGAUCGAAGGAGCAGGCUGAGCAUCCCAGAAAUCAUCCGGAAGAAGCGGGAUGGCGAGCAGCUGCAAGAGGAUGAGAUCCGGUACUUUGUGAAGGCGGUGGCCGAGAAGCGCCUGCAGGAGGGCCAGAUAGGAGCGAUGCUGAUGGCCAUCCGCCUGCGCGGCAUGGAGCCUGAGGAAACCCUGGUGCUGACUCGAGAAAUGGCGACCUCGGGGAAGGUCCUGGAGUGGCCGGAAACGUGGCACGGCCUUCUGGUGGACAAACACUCCACGGGGGGAGUGGGUGACAAAGUCAGUCUCCCUCUGGCCCCAGCCUUAGCUGCCUGUGGCUGCAAGGUGCCCAUGAUCAGCGGACGAGGUCUGGGCCACACUGGCGGCACGCUGGACAAGCUGGAAUCCGUGCCUGGCUUCAAGGUCUCCCAGAGCCCAGAACAGAUGAAGGCAAUCUUGCAGGCAGUGGGCUGCUGCAUUGUGGAGCAGAGCGAGGAGCUCGUCCCAGCUGACAGGGUCCUCUACGCCCUGAGAGACGUCACAGCCACCGUGGACAGCUUGCCCCUCAUCACAGGCUCCAUCUUGAGUAAGAAAGCUGCAGAGAACCUCUCUGCCCUGGUGCUGGACGUGAAGUUUGGCAGUGCGGCCCUCUACCCAACCCUGGAGAGCGCCCAGCAGCUGGCAGAGAACCUGGUGUUGGUUGGGACUCAGCUAGGAAUAAGCACCAUGGCAGUCUUGAGCGAGAUGGAUGCCCCCCUGGGGCGUCGGGUGGGCAAUUCCUUGGAAGUCCUUGAAUCUUUGGAGUGUCUGGAAGGACGAGGUCCCUGCGAUCUCCAUGAGCUGGUGACCAGCCUCGGAGGCGCCUUGCUCUGGCAGUGCGGGAGGGCCCGCUCGGUUUCGGAAGGCGCCCUUCGCAUUGCCAGGGCCCUGGAGGACGGCUCUGCCUUGCGCACCUUCCAGGCCAUGCUGUGCGCACAAGGGGUGGAGGCUGACACGGCGCGCGCCCUGUGUGCAGGGACGGAGGAGCUGCGCCUUCAGGUGCUGAAGCCGGCCCAAGUCCAGGAAGACUUGGUGACUCUACGGGACGGAACCGUUCAACAGAUCUUGGCCCUCCCCAUCGCUCAGGUGCUCCACGGCCUGGGGGCUGGCCGCACGCACGGGGGGCAACCGAUCAACCACCGCGUCGGGGCCGAGUUGCUGGUCUCUGUGGGGCAGCCGGUGAGAAAAGGGGCUCCCUGGAUCCGGAUCCACUACGAACGUCCUGAAUUGAGUGAAGCUGACCGGCAGAAGCUGCAGAGAGCCCUGGUUCUCCGAGACUCCGAACCCUUUCUUCCUGGUCCCAGAGUGGUGAAAACCAUCCUCCCCGGAAAUACUCCGGAGGGACCAGGUCAGCAAAGAAAAGGGGCCAUCCCAAAAAACUAAACUUGGACCUAAAGGAUUAAGCCGGGAGGUUGAUGUGGCCGCUCUCUUCAAAUCUGCCAGAGCUUCCAGCCAGAAAUCAAGACCAACGACUCUUUCUAGUGAACCCCAGUGGAGCAGGAGGAGAAAUACUGACUUCUGCAGUUUCCUGCUGGCCUCUUUCUCUCUCUCCCUCUUUGCUAAACUCUGUCCCACAGACAGUCUGGAUGCUGAACUAGACAAACCUUUUGAGUGAUAAACGGCUCUAGCCGAAAAA